UCCGCUGCUAUGAAGCUGCCAAGGGGGAUGGAAAGGCGCUGAGGAAGCAUGGUGAACCCGGGGCUGGCGAGCCUCAUCACGGGGCUCAUUCUAAGCACUGUGGAUGUGAUCCUGGCAGGCAAAGCAGUCGGAUUGCGGUUUACAGGUCAUGGGUACAAUCUAACAGUGUCUCAAGGGCAUGAAGCCAAACUGAACUGCAGCCUGCUUGGUAUGGAGGAGCCAGAGAUCCAGUGGUUGAAGGAUGGCGUUCCAGUGCAGAGUGCUGACCAGAUGUACAUUCCAGAGGAUGAAGAUCAUUGGAUCAGCUUUCUCAGCUUGAAAAAUGUUGAACGUCCAGAUGCUGGGAAAUACUGGUGUGAAGCUGAGGAUAAAGGGAUUAAAGCUGUGUCCGAUAACAUCUGGAUCACAGUAGAGGGUGUCCCAUAUUUCACAGCGGAGCCAAAAGAUAUGGCUGUUUUACCCAACACUACCUUCACCAUUACAUGUGCAGCUAUUGGACCACCUGAGCCGCUGACCAUUUUGUGGUUGGUAGGAGGGUCUACCACUGUGAGGAAAACAGAAAGCUCACCUUCAGUCCUGUUUAUGCCAGGGAUUCAACAAAAUACGUUCUUCUCUUGUGAAGCUCGCAACUCAAAGGGGGUAUCGUCAUCAAGGACUGCCAUUGUUCAUGUCAAAGGGCUGCCUCAACCACCUUCAAAUGUGAAUGUGACUAAAGUGACCAGCACCACUGCAGCUAUCGCAUGGGAGCCGGGGUUUGACAACUAUUCUACGAUCCUGUACUGCACAGUGCAGGUUCUAAUAUUACAUGACUCCUACGACAUGUACUUGCAGCGUGUCAAUGUUCCUCCUUAUAACGCCACCAUAGAAGAACUUAAACCACUGAUGAAUCACAGCAUCCGUCUGCAGUGCACUAACGAAGUGGGCCCCUCCGCUUUCACUGACUGGCUGUCCUUUCAAACACUGGAAUCCGUGCCAGCUCUCGCUCCGCAGAAUGUCCAUGUCACCAGAACCGAAUCUGGCUUGAUGUUAGAAUGGGAAGAAAUUGCUCUGGGUCUGCAAAACUAUACAGUCCUGGGAUACAAAGUGCAAUGGGAGCAGGAGAAUAUAACACAAGGAGAAGUAUUUGUACAGGGAAACCAAGCCAACCUGACGGUCUGGGACCCCAAAAAAGAUCUAAUCGUGCAUGUGUGCGUGGCUAAUUCUGCUGGAUGUGGACCAUGGAGUGACUUUCUUCUUGUAGCUUCUACAGAAGAACCUGAUCGGCAACGAAAUCCACAUACUAGAAUGUCUUGGGUCCCCCUGGUCUUGGGUAUUCUCACUGCUUUAGUCACAGUUGUGGCUAUGACUUUAAUCUUUCUGAGAAAGAGAAGAAAGGAAACAAGAUUUGGGCAUAUGUUUGGCUCUGUGUUGGGUCGAGGAGGUCCCGCUAUCCAGUUUACGGCAGCCAGGUCAUUUAAUAGGAGAGGUACGGAGGUGCUGGAAGCAACAUUGGACAGCAUUGGGAUUAGUGAUGAGUUGAAAUCAAAGCUUACAGACGUCCUCAUCCAGCAGCAGCAGUUUACCUUGGGAAGGACAUUAGGAAAAGGAGAGUUUGGCUCUGUAAGAGAGGCUCAAUUAAAGAUGGAGGAUGGUUCGCUUCAGAAGGUCGCUGUGAAGAUGCUGAAGACGGAAAUUUUCUGCUCCAGCGAUAUUGAAGAAUUCUUAAGAGAAGCUGCUUUCAUGAAAGAAUUUGACCAUCUGAAUGUCUGCAAAUUAAUAGGAGUGAGCCUGAGAAGUCGUACAAAGGGAAGGCUUCCAGUUCCAAUGGUCAUACUACCAUUCAUGAAGCAUGGUGAUCUCCACACAUUCCUACUGAUGUCUCGCAUUGGAGAAGAACCCAUCACGCUGCCAAUACAGACAUUAAUAAGGUUCAUGAUUGACAUCUGUAGUGGAAUGGAAUAUCUCAGUUCAAAAAAUUUUAUCCACCGGGACCUUGCUACCCGCAAUUGCAUGUUACAUGAGGACAUGACAGUGUGCGUUGCAGACUUUGGUCUGUCUAAGAAAAUCUACAGCGGGGACUACUACCGCCAAGGGUGUGCAUCCAAGCUCCCUGUCAAGUGGCUGGCGCUGGAGAGCCUGGCAGACAAUGUUUACACCGCAUACAGUGAUGUGUGGGCAUUUGGCAUCACCCUCUGGGAAAUACUGACCCUGGGACAGACACCCUAUGCUGGCAUUGAAAACUCUGAAAUCUACAGCUACCUCAUUGCUGGGAAUAGGUUGAAGCAGCCGCCGGACUGUCUGGAUGAGCUGUAUGAAAUGAUGUGCCAGUGCUGGAUCACUGAGCCCAAGAGGAGGCCCUGCUUUACAGACAUAAAAAGACGGCUAGAGACCAUCUUGGGACGCUUAUCUUUAUUAUCAGCGAGUCAAGAUCCUCUGUAUGUAAAUCUCGGAGAGACUUGUGGAGCCACUGCUUCAGACUCCAUUUUGCAUUCUGGUUUUGACAACGACGACUGCUGCAUUGACAUUUCACAGACAUGUGGAGCGGCAGCGGCAGCCUCUAGCGACUAUCGCUAUAUUGUAAACCCUGGGUGCCUUAGAGACGCGAAUGAGUGGCCUCCUUCUGCACAAACACCGGAAGCCAGGGGCCUCCUUAAUGAGGAUGAGGACGAUGAAGAAGAAAUUCAGGAAGCUCAUGUGGUUAUUAACCUUUAGUAAAAAGUUCAAGCUUACAGUGGGAUGUGACGCCUUUAGCUGCAUCCUUUAAGGCCAUGUGUCUGUACACGUUCAACACAAACACAAUCCAGGUGGACCUUAUUAUGAAUGCUAGGCAUUAUGAAUUGCUUAUGGAUUUGCAUCAACAAAAUGUAAUAUUUUUUUUUUUUCAACUGUAAAACUUUAUAUAAAAUUGUAUAGGUAAUGUAAGUAUUGAAAUGGCCUGUAAAACAGCCUUUGAGAGAUUAAUUCCUAUGAUGACUAACUGUACAUAAUUUUUUUUACAUGACUAAAUCUUAAAGAUAACCAACUCUUCUUUCUUUCCAUUUGAAUGAUACCACAGCCUCACCACUGCAUCAACUUGCUCAGCUAAGGCUUCCCGUCUCUAUGGAGCCACAAGAUCAACUUCUUAAUGCAAUAUCUGAAGACUUAUAAACUUUGGCUAAAACCCUGAUUUAUCCUCAGACAUGCCAUUUUCUUUUCAGUAAUAGACUUUUAAAAGAACAGCAACUAGAGGGAGAUGUGUGAUGUCAGUUCUGAUGUGUUUAGUUGAAAAUAAUGUUGGCUGAAUCUUGUAGGUUCCUUGCUACCUUAGAAAAAA